UGGCCCCUGUCAGGUCAAGGCCGAAGCGUGCCGGAUCCAACACUCCUCGGCGCUGGCCGAAAGACGUCCAAAUAUCGUGGCCUCUGGGGCUGAAUGUCUGCAUGUGGAGGACGUGUAGGGCCGCUGAUGGAGCUGGAUGAUUCCAAUGUCUUCCAGACGGCGUCCUAGAGGUUGUGCUUGGCGAACUGGUCUCCACGGGGUCCCUGCCGGGGGAGACAGACGUCCUAGCCGUGUUCCGAAUUCAGAUUUAGCGAUAGACAUCACCCGACGCGGCGGGGAUUGCGACUGUGUUGUCGAUUUGGUGACAAGUGAGAAUCUCGGGCGUCUCGUUAUGCGGGCGUAUCCCGUCUACGGCGGAAGUCGUUGGCGAGGAAUAGGGGCGCUGCAUGGGAGGGCUGAGAAGGACUCUCUCAAGUGGUGCCCGAGUUCGCGCCAGUGGCCGGUGCGGAGCAACAAGCUUGUGACUCGGCCAGUGCUACACUUCGCCGCGGUUCAAGAGCUGUGGGCGACAAAUAACAGCUCUCCUGAGAAAGGGAGAAAGCUUUCUCUGGUUGAGUGGGGAGGGCCAGAUGAUGGAGGGCGAGGAGGGGACCACGGUGUGAGUCUGGCCCGGGUCAGACAGGAUACCGCAAUGUGAACCCCUUUCAGUGACGUCGGCGAACGGACAAGGGAUAUGUACAACAUUCAACGGCGUCCGUACGAUGGAGAAGCUCUCGGGGGCUUGCAGGCCUGUCCCGUCACCAGUCAGUCUCUUGUGACAUGGGGCGUGAGUGU